AGAGGCCCGGUGGAAGGAAGUGGUCCCAGUGUGAAUAAGAAGCCACCAAAUCGGGACAGCAAGAGUGAAUGACAGUGAGGAAAUCCAACGAAUGAUUUGAAGUAUUUUUAUCCAAGACUAAAAUUGAGAAAAAAUACACCAGAGCUGAGGAGGACCCAUUCACAGUCCUUGACACUUCUCAUUUGUGUAGAGGUCUGUUACCUACUAAAUGUGGGGCAUCAUCAGUACUUGAUUGAGAGCCGUUUUAUCAUGAAGCCCAGAUUAAGUGUUGUCUGCUUAUUCAAAAAGUCACACUUAUUACCUUGAACCUCUGUAAAGGAUUAUGAAAUGAGAUAAAGUGUACGACUGGAGGAGCACUGCCCCCCCCACCUCCACCUCUUUGAAGCAUGGCAGGCCUACAGCUGGUCACCCCUGCCACUUCACCCAUGGGGCCUUUCUUUGGUCUGCCGUGGCAGCAGGAGGCUAUCCAUGAUAACAUCUAUACACCGAGGAAAUAUCAGGUAGAACUUCUUGAAGCAGCUAUUGAACAUAAUACUAUCGUCUGCUUGAAUACUGGCUCAGGGAAGACCUUUAUUGCAGUUCUUCUAACAAAAGAGCUCUCCCACCAAAUCCGUGGACAUUACCAAGAAAAUGCGAAGAGGACUGUUUUUCUGGUGAACACAGCUCUGACUGUAGUUCAGCAGGCAGCUGCAGUCAGGACUCACUCUGACCUCGCGGUGGGAGAGUACACAGACGUGGAGGAGACCUCAGCAUGGACUGACCAGCGAUGGAGUCAAGAGUUAAUCCAGAAUCAGGUGCUGGUCAUGACCUGCCACAUAUUCCUUCACGUUCUAAAGAAUAAAAUCUUGCCGUUGUCUAAAAUCAACUUGGUGGUUUUUGAUGAUUGUCACCUGGCCAUCACAGAGCACCCUUACUGUGAGAUAAUGAAGCUGUUUGAGGGCUCCUCAUGCUGCCCUCGUAUCCUGGGUCUCACAGCCUCCAUUCUGAACGGGAAGUGUGACCCGUCAGAGCUGGAGCAGAAGAUCCUGAGUCUGGAGAGGGUCCUGAAGAGCAAUGCUGAGACCGCCACUGACCUUGUGGUUCUGGACAGAUAUUCCUCUCAGCCCAGAGAAGUGGUGCUGGACUGUGGCCCCUACCUGGAUAAGAGUGGUCUCUCUCAGUGUCUGCAGGAGGAGCUGAAGGAAGCGCUCCACUUCCUGAACGACUGCAACCUCUGUGUCACCAGAGAGGACCGGGACCCCACCUUCAUCUCCAAACAGGUCCUGGGUGACUUCCUGGCCGUGCUCAUGGUUUUAGGGCCCUGGUGUGCAGAUAAGGCCGCAGGCAUCAUGGUGCGCGAGAUACAGAAGUACAUCAAACACGAGCAGGAGGAGCUCAGCCGCAAGUUCCUGCUCUUCACCGACACCAUCCUGCGCAAAGUGCACGCCCUGUGCGAAGAGCACUUCUCCCCGGCCUCCCUGGACCUCAAGUUCGUCACCCCCAAGGUCCUCCGGCUGCUGGAGAUCCUGCACGAGUACAAGCCCUUUGAGCGGCAGCAGUUCGAAAGCGUUGAGUGGUACAAUAACCGAAACCAGGACGACUACGUCUCAUGGAGCGACUCUGAGGAUGAAGAUGAGGAUGAGGAGGUGGAGGUCAAAGAGAGGCCUGAAACCAACUUUCCCUCGCCGUUCACCAACAUCCUUUGUGGGAUCAUCUUCGUGGAGAGGCGCUACACGGCUGUCGUCCUCAACCGUCUGAUCAAAGAGGCGGGGAAGCUGGACCCGGAGCUGGCUUACAUCAGCAGCAACUUCAUCACCGGCCACAGCAUCGGCAAGAACCAGCCACGCAACAAGCAGAUGGAGGUGGAGUUCAGGAAGCAAGAGGAGGUUCUUCGCAAGUUCCGCGCUCAUGAAACCAACCUGCUGAUCGCCACCAGCAUCGUGGAGGAGGGCGUGGACAUCCCAAAGUGUAACCUGGUGGUGCGCUUCGACCUGCCCACAGAGUACCGCUCCUACGUCCAGUCCAAAGGCAGAGCGCGAGCCCCCGUCUCCAACUACAUCAUGCUGGCUGACAGCGAGAGGACCAGAGGCUUCGAGGAAGAUCUCACCACCUACAAGUCCAUAGAGAAGAUCUUAAGGAACAAGUGCUCCAAGUCGGUGGAGGUAGGUGAGUAUGAGCUGGAGCAGGUUCUGGACGAUGACAACAUCAUCCCUCCCUACGUGCUCCGCUCUGAGGAUGGAAGCCCCCGGGUCACCGUCAACACGGCCAUCGGACACAUUAACAGGUAUUGUGCUCGGCUGCCCAGCGACCCUUUCACUCACUUAGCCCCGAAGUGCAAAACUGCAGAGAGGCCGGACGCACGCUUCCAGUCCACGCUCUACCUGCCCAUCAACUCCCCUCUGAGAGUUCCUCUUAAGGGUCCUAUAAUGUUCUGUGCCAGGCUGGCAGAGAAAGCAGUUGCACUUCUAUGUUGUGAGAAACUCCACAAAAUAGGUGAGCUGGAUGAUCACCUGAUGCCGGUGGGAAAGGAGACGGUGAAAUAUGAAGAGGAGCUGGACCUCCACGAUGAAGAGGAGACCAGCGUACCAGGCCGGCCCGGCUCCACCAAGAGGAGGCAGUGCUACCCUAAAGCCAUACCCGAGUGUCUGCGGGACAGCUACGCAGUGCCAGAGCAGACGUACUACCUAUAUGUGGUCGGGAUGGUGCUCACCACCCCCCUCCCUGAUGAACUCAACUUUCGCAGGAGGAGGCUGUACCCACCGGAGGACACCACCAGGUGCUUCGGCAUCCUGACUGCCAAACCCAUACCUCGAAUCCCCCAUUUCCCAGUGUACACCCGCUCGGGUGAGGUGACCAUCUCCAUCGAGCUGCAGAAGUCCGGCUUCACGCUGACCACCGCCCAGCUGGACCUCAUCACCCGCCUGCACCAGUACAUCUUCUCCCACAUCCUCCGCCUGGAGAAACCUGCACUGGAGUUCAAGCCCACGCUGGCUGACUCGGCCUACUGCGUUCUACCUCUGAAUGUUGUUGAGGACUCCAACACACUAGACAUGGACUUUUCCUUCAUGGAGGACAUUGAGAAGUCUGAGGCCCGCACCGGCAUUCCUACCACUCAGUACACCAAGCAGAACCCCUUCAGCUUCAAGCUGGAGGACUACCAGGAUGCUGUCAUCAUUCCACGGUAUCGUAACUUUGACCAACCGCAUCGCUUCUAUGUCGCCGACGUGUACACAGACCUGACGCCGCUCAGCAAGUUUCCCUCUCCAGAGUACGAGACGUUUGCUGAGUACUACAAAACCAAGUACAACCUGGACCUGUCCAACCUGAACCAGCCGCUCCUGGAUGUGGACCACACCUCCUCCAGACUGAACCUGUUAACCCCUCGGCACCUGAACCAGAAAGGCAAAGCUCUGCCGCUCAGCAGCGCAGAGAAGAGGAAGGCCAAGUGGGAGAGUCUGCAGAACAAACAGAUCCUGGUUCCAGAGCUGUGUGCCAUCCACCCCAUCCCCGCCUCUCUGUGGAGGAAAGCUGUGUGCCUGCCCAGCAUCCUGUACCGCCUCCACUGCCUGCUGACUGCAGAGGAGCUGCGGGCCCAGACCGCCAGUGAGGCUGGAGUGGGGGCUCAGACCCUCCCCCCCGACUUCAGGUAUCCGAACCUGGACUUUGGCUGGAAGCGAUCCAUCGACAGCAAGACGUUCAUCUCCUGCGCUGACUCCUGCAGUGAUGAUGAUGAUGAUGAGAAUGAGGGUGAGGGUCCCUGUGAGCACCAAGAGACUCUAACCCCUGAACCCAACUCCCUAGCGCGUCCCAGCAGUCCCCACCCCCUCGUGGACCCUGAACCUGAAGAAGAGCCCUGCACCAGGACCCUAACCAACGGCACGGCCCUCGGCACCAACUGUGAUGACGACGGCCCCCAAGACGAGCACCUUCACCAACAAGACAACUGCCAACGUUCCCGGCCCCGCUCCCCUGGGCCGCAGAGCCCCCAAUCAAUACAAAGCACUACCUCACUUCCUGUGCAGCCCCCCCCUCCCAGCUCCAAGAAGCCCAGCUCCAGUCCUCCGCAGCCCAGUGACGAAUGUACGCCAGGGAGCACCUCAAAUCCAGCUACCUCAGUCUGCUGCCUGCCGGCUCCCACAGCACCUUCUGAUCAGCACGGAGCCCCGGCAGGAGACCCCCUCAAAAGCCUGGGGCCCAACCCUGGUCUCAUCCUGCAGGCGCUGACCCUCUCCAACGCCAGCGACGGCUUCAACCUGGAGCGCCUCGAGAUGCUCGGAGAUUCUUUCCUCAAACACGCCAUCACCACGUACCUGUUCUGCACCUACCCCGACGCACACGAGGGCCGCCUCAGCUACAUGCGCAGCAAGAAGGUGAGCAACUGUAACCUGUACCGCCUGGGGAAGAAGAAGGGCCUCCCCAGCAGGAUGGUGGUGUCCAUCUUCGACCCCCCCGUCAACUGGCUGCCCCCCGGAUACGUGGUGAACCAGGACAAGAGCUGCACAGACAUACUGGACUCAGAGGAGGUCAAAGAGGAGCUCCAGGCCAACGGGCAGUCUGGAACGGACUUUGACGAGGAUGAUGAGGAGGCUGAGGAGUGUAAGGAGGUGGAGGAGGAGGAAGAGGAAGAGGAGGGGCUGAUGCUGAAGGAAGAGCCGAAGGACGAGGUGAACGUGGAGGACGAUCUGGAGUACUACAAAGAGCACAUCAAGUUCAUCGACAACAUGCUGUUAGGGUCCGGAGCAUUUGGCAAGAAGAUCUCUCUGAGCAGCUUCCCCCCCUCCCUCACCCCGGCCUCGGCUUCCGCCCCUGCUACGGAGACCCCAUACGAGUGGAAGCCCCCGAAGAAGCCCCACCAUCCCACCGCAGCCCACUACCCCCCCGAGCCGGCGCCCAGCGGGCCCUCAGCCGAGGAGUUUGACUACAGCUCGUGGGAUGCCAUGUGCUACCUGGACCCCAGCAAGGCGGGGGAGGAGGACGACUUCGUGGUGGGCUUCUGGAACCCGUCGGAGGAGAACUGCGGGGCGGAGCUGGGCAAGCAGUCCAUCUCCUACGACCUGCACACGGAGCAGUGCAUCGCCGACAAGAGCAUCGCCGACUGUGUGGAGGCUCUGCUGGGCUGCUACCUCACCAGCUGUGGAGAGAGAGCCGCCCAGAUGUUCCUCUGCUCCCUGGGCCUCAAGGUGUUACCGAUGGACAGGGGGGCUCUGACGGGUGCCGUGGUGCUAAGCGGUCAGACCAACACUUUGGACCUGAACUACGGCUGGCUGAAGAUCCCCCCCCGCUCCGUGCUGGACCAUCAUCCUGACCCAGAAGGAACUCUCACCCACCUCAUCUCCGGCUUCGAGAACUUUGAAAGAAAGAUCAACUACACGUUUCAGAACAAGACCUACCUGCUGCAGGCCUUCACUCACGCUUCCUACCAUUACAACACCAUCACAGAUUGUUACCAGCGACUGGAGUUCCUCGGCGAUGCAAUUUUAGACUACCUCAUUACAAAGCACCUUUAUGAAGACCCCCGGCAGCACUCCCCGGGCGUGCUGACCGACCUGCGCUCAGCACUCGUCAACAACACCAUCUUUGCCUCUCUGGCCGUCAAGUACGACUACCACAAGUACUUCAAGGCCAUCUCGCCCGAGCUUUUCCACGUCAUCGACGACUUCGUUCAAUUCCAGCUGGAGAAGAACGAGAUGCAAGGCAUGGACUCUGAGCUGCGGCGCUCAGAAGAGGACGAGGAGAAGGAGGAGGACAUUGAGGUCCCGAAGGCCAUGGGGGACAUCUUUGAGUCGCUGGCCGGAGCCAUCUACAUGGACAGCAGGAUGUCUCUGGAGACCGUGUGGCAGGUGUAUUAUCUGAUGAGGCCACUCAUAGAGAAAUUCUCUGCCAACGUGCCACGCUCUCCUGUCAGGGAGCUGCUGGAGAUGGAGCCAGAAACUGCCAAGUUCAGCCCUGCGGAGAGGACGUACGACGGGAAGGUGCGGGUGACCGUGGAGGUCGUGGGGAAGGGCAAGUUCAAAGGAGUGGGCCGCAGCUACCGCAUCGCCAAGUCUGCGGCGGCGAGACGAGCUCUGCGCAGCCUCAAAGCCAAUCAACCUCAGGUCCAGAAAAACUGAGCUCACCCUCCGAGCUCCCAGCAUUAGCACCUAAGCUACUGACGCUAACGGAGGACAAUCAACACCGGCUUCCAACAGAGCGCCAUGCAAGCCCUGCAUCUUCAGCCAAGGCAGCCGGGGAACACUGUGGAGACGCAGAUGAAGAAGCAGACUGAUCUCAUUACCAUUUCAUCAGAUCUUUUUUUUUCCUUUUUCUUUUUUGCGCCUACACAAUCUUUGCUUUCCCUCGCUCAGUGCUUUAUUAACGUUUAGCAGUGUGUUUAAAAAAGGUCAGGUCGCAUCGUCUGUUCCUCACCGUUUAGUGUUUGGUUAACCUCUAUGCUGAUGGUAUGAUGCUUAUGCUUAUUGUGUAGUAUUAGAUUGUACAUAGUUCAAUCAAAGGUGUAAAUCAAAGUAUGUAGGAAGAAGAAAAAAACGCUAAACUCCUCAGCCUGUGCACUAGUGCCAGUCAGUUUGACAGCGGCGGACGUGGCUAACAGAAACCACUGGAGCAAAACGCUGGUGGCACUUCUGUCUGAAAUCUGUCUUGAAAUGGUAUUCUUAAUCAUUUUUGCACUUAUUCCAUUAGGGUCUGUUACUUCGAGAAUCAUGUGGUCACAUUGACACCAGAAUCAUAUACGUAGCAAAGUCUAUCAAAAUAAUAAGAUACAUGAUUGGUAUUCUUAGCCUUAGUUGCUAAGAUUCACCCUCAUAUCCUGCAAGACGGAUAGGAAUUCCAAGAUUCCCAGUUACUGUAAUUUAAAGUAGUUUAUAAAGCGCACUUGAGGUUGCAUGUUCUUGUAGUUUAUGUAUAAACCAUGACAACUGGAUUGCUUCUAUAAAUGUUCUGGAUCUACGGAUGUAUCUAGUGUGAGCGCAACACUCAAUGUAAACGGCAUUACCUUGAUGAUUUGGUUUAACAUGUUUUGAUAUCAAGAAUGGAAGGAAUUGAACAUUCUUGCGCACUUAACGUCUUUCCAAGGAUCAUCCAGUUUUGAUAUACGAAGAGAAAGACGUAUCACACGUUCAAUAUGCUGCAGACUUUUCUAUAUUGGAUACUCGUGUAGGCUCAAAAUCUUUUCAAAUAGUCUUUGUGAAAAAGGCCAACUCAUUUCACGUGUUGCUCACAUCCUGUACCUACCAAAGCUCUAACAGAUGUGACACUAUGAAGUUAAAGGCGAUUCCUGCGGAGAAGACACCAGCCUUUUUCUUUUUUCUGUUCGGACACAUUUUGCUUCUCGCUAAAUGUCCUGUCCCCCCCCCUCAUCAAUAAGCCCUUUUUUCACUUGAAUACCUCAGUUAAUUGCAUGCAUUUUCUUGUCUUUAUAUUUUUCUUUUCUUUUUGUUUGGUGCUAUGUUUUUGUAUUGAGCUUGAAUUUCUCAUCUUUUUUUGCACUGUAACUAUAAUACCUCUUUAUUUGACCUUUUCAUUAUUUUGGAAAUCUGUUUGAUUUGGUUGUCCCGUUGGCCACCCCCCCCCCAAACUCCAGGUUGAUUGGAGUGGAUUAUUAGAUUUCCCCUCCUUCACUAGCUUUGAAUUGAAUUGGCUGAAAAUCUGCAUUUGAAUUCUGGGUAAAAACAAACAGUAUUGACAAAUGGGUAAAAACCUGCAGAGGUAAUCUGAUUGCACUCUUAAACAUUUGUAUUUAUAUAUAGGCAGAGAGUAAACUUGUAUUUGUCCAUAACAAAGGGUUCGAAGAGACACGUGCCACAAAGAACAUGAAUGAACAAAGAGCUAAAGUCAGAUUGGUACAGUUCUACAUGGGUUCAACUAACUAUUGUGUAGGUCCCAGAUGGGGGGGGGGGGAGCUACUAAAAAUAAUGUGAAAUCACUCAUCUGGUGCCACAGCCGCUCUAUUUUAUGUCUGUGACUGAUGGAAACUAGGAUCAUAAUUCAUCUUGGCACCAAUAUCCAGCAGCAUGUUUCUAUUCAGGAGGGAGCAGUGCGAUAGUCAGAACGGACUACGUUUUCUCGUAAUGGCAAUUUUCUUUUUUUUGUAUAUGUAGCACAAUUGAGCAUUGCACUUGGGCGCCAUACUUUACCUCAUGUCAGAGUGAAAGGGAGUGAAAGGUAGAGGAAGGCGAAGACGUGUAUAUAUGAUGUUGGGAGGACUAACUGGUUCAGGCUUGGCUGCUGUGUGGAUGCUGGUUUAGCUCAGAGCUAUUUAAAGAGACAGCAAGGGGCUGGGGGGGGGGGCUCCAAAUGUGUUGCGGGGCAUCAUGUGACAAACACACUGUUAGAAAAAUCUCUAAACGUGUAUACUUCCUGUAUCCUGCCUCAAACAGCUGUUUGGUGAGUCGGACUGGCACGUCCAAUCAUGAAUGGGAUCUUGGUUCAAUUCACUUCUGGAUUCUCCCUUGUUUCUUCUUCUGUGGUGUGUGAGUUUGACUGACCUUCCCCUUUAUCAGAAACUCAAAGGAAAAAUCCACCCUAAUGUGCUUCUGUACUUGUGAUGAAUCCUGAGCCACUUUGUGAAUUCCUUUGUACUGGAGCUUUUACUUUUCGAAACGAAACAAAUGUCCAAUUGUUCAAAUUCUAAAUUUGCAAUCUGUUCUGUUUAAGUGCAAAUAUCUCAGAAACAUGACAAGGCUCCAGAAUCUGACACUGUGUUCCUGUAAGGAGUCACAUACUAGUACAUUGUAUUUAAUACAUAACAUCAUACUUCUGUUGUGCAGCUCUGAUAAAUGUAGUGCAACAGGAAGUUCACUGUAUCCCUCAAAUGAAAAGGAGUAGCUGUAAAAUAUUAGCAGUCAAUGGAAAUACUAAAGUACAAGUACCUCAAAGUUUUAACAUUAAUUGUACUUUAUCCCAGCUGGUGUCAGUUUCCUUAGCUGCUUAUCAGACAAGGAAAUGCCGUCGUACUGGUGCAAAAUGAUAAGAAAACCCUUCUGUUGGAAGCCAAUCAUAGAAAAUCAAAGAUGGUUAUAUGAAGAAGUGCUUUUCUGCCUUGUGUCUCCAGUAGAAGAGCUACACAAUCACCACACAUCUGAGCUGAGCAGGGACUGAUGUGUGGGGCCGUGCUGCAGAAUGAUGGAACUCAAUACGGCUGUCCUGAAUCAGGGAAACUAUCUGUUUAAAGAUUAGUUCCUCAUUUAGUUUAAGGAUAUUUCUUAAUCAUAAUUACAUCCACUGUGAAUCAAAAGUCCUGAAAGGUCACUUUUUAAAGCUGCUGUAUCUGAAUGUGAUGUGAUACAUUUGGCCAGGUAUUGACAGGAAAUGCAUCAGCUAACAGGAAGUUGAUCCCUGAUAAGCAGCAUGUGUUCCAACAGAAGAGUUUUGGGUGGAUUUUUCCUUUAAUGAUCGCUCAUGAUCAGUGUUAGCAGAGAACAGAAAUGCCUGAUCAACAAUGGGAGUGUGGGAGAGGAGAUGGAAGCCAGCAUAGAUCCCCUGUCUGUUUGGGGGGGGGGGGGGGGGUCACGGAGCAGCAGAGCACCAGCAGGGGGGGCUAAGCGGUCGGAGCUGCAGUGUAAGGGACAUGAACAGGACUCCUCACUCAUACUGUAACUGUGCUGCAGUGUUUGCGGUCUGCACCUUAUGGAUCAUAAAGACCUUUAAUUGUGUUUGUUUGGACUUUUCUUUUUUAUAUAAUUGUAGCCCAGUAUAUCUACAAUAAAAGUAAUGGUAUGGUCAUCA